AGCUAAUAGGAGCUGGUGGCCUGACGUUAUUAGCAAUUGAUGGUGUGAUAUUAUUAACAGUUGGUGGUGGUGUAAAGCUACUAGGAGCUGGUGGCCUGACAUUAUUAGCAAUUGAUGGUGUGAUAUUAUUAGCAGUUGGUGGUGUGACAUUAUUAGCAGUUGGUGGUGGUGUAAAACUACUAGGAGCUGGUGGCCUAACGUUACUAACGGCUGAUGGUCUAAAGCUAAUAGAACCUGGUGGCCUAACGUUACUAGCAGUUGGUGGUCUAAAGCCAAUAGAACCUGGUGGCCUAACAUUACUAGCCGCUGGUGGUCUAAAGCUAAUAGAAGCCUGUGGCCUAACAUUACUAGCAGCUGCAUAUGAUGUAGAUAAGGAUAAACAUAACUUCGUUGAGGUUCGUCUAUUAAAUCAAG